UCCUCUUUCUCACCGUUUGCGAUUAUUCCGACCUUGUUUCUGGGGGUAUCACAUUAUGGUGGGAUUCGAUCGACAAUGCCUGCAGAACACUGCAACCUUAUCUGGCUAUGUCGUAUAAGACAAAAUCGCCAUUCCAUGGUAUCGCACUAUCCUACGCAUCAUCCUUCUGGAUUUGGGCGUCCUUGAAGGCUGCCAGAAAUCGACGUUGGCUGCUGUCACUGAUCGCCCUGACGACGUUCCUAAUGCAAGCCCUCACUAUCUCGAUGUCUACUCUUUUCCAACAAAGUAGCGUGAGCAUGCCAGACACCUUCUCAACUGCAGUCUUGAAGUGCGUCGUGACACUCUGGUGGCUACGACGCACUUGACCUACGGUAGCGGGAUCACAGAUGCCAUGUUGACACUCAAUGUUCGUGCGCGUAUUCAAUACUUUUUUCUUCUGCUGUCCUAGACGCGCACCAUCUCCCCGACCUGCUUUUCGGUUA